UCUCAAAUCCUCUCUCUCUCCGUUUCGCCGGAGAAAGGAAGGUAUUUUUUGGUAUAUUGGAUCGAAAUAAAGGCAAACCUUAGAUAAAAACCCUACCUCCUCUAUUCCGAAACCCUCGCCUCCUGGCCAAAUUCCUAGCCCUCGUAUUCUGAUCCCGUCGUUUCGAUUCCUCGCAUCCUUUUUCCUCGUUUUUCAGGAGAAUGGUGUCGGAGGCGAGCAAGAAGAAGGCGGCGGCGAAGAAGGCUGCGGCGGCGGCAAAGAGGGGAGGGAAAGCUCCGGCAUCGUCGUCGUCCAAGGGUGCCGCACAGGCACAGAACGGAGGAGUGGGAAAGGUUGCCGAUGGGGUUGGAUCACUCCGGAUAUCCGAUCGGACGUGCACCGGAGUCCUCGCCUCUCAUCCCCUCUCUAGAGAUAUCCAUAUAGAGUCUCUAUCUUUAACCUUUCAUGGUCAUGACCUCAUAGUAGAUUCUGAACUGGAGCUCAAUUAUGGAAGACGCUAUGGUCUGCUUGGAUUGAAUGGCUGUGGGAAGUCUACUCUCCUUACAGCAAUAGGAUGCAGAGAGCUUCCAAUUCCUGACCACAUGGAUAUUUACCACCUGACCCGGGAGAUUGAAGCUUCAGACAUGUCUGCGCUUCAGGCUGUCAUUAACUGUGAUGAAGAAAGGCUAAGACUGGAGAAAGAAGCUGAAAUCUUGGCAGCUGAGGAUGGUGGUGGUGGAGAAACUUUGGACCGCAUCUACGAGCGCUUAGAAGCACUUGAUGCAUCAACUGCUGAGAAGCGCGCAGCUGAAAUUUUGUAUGGUCUUGGUUUCAAUAAGCAAAUGCAAGCAAAGAAAACUCGGGACUUCUCUGGUGGGUGGCGUAUGAGGAUUGCAUUAUCACGAGCACUGUUUAUGAAUCCAACCAUCCUUUUACUUGAUGAGCCCACAAAUCAUCUUGAUCUUGACGCAUGUGUCUGGCUUGAAGAGACACUAAAAAGGUUCGACCGUAUUCUUGUUGUCGUCUCACACUCUCAGGAUUUUCUUAAUGGUGUCUGCACCAACAUCAUCCAUAUGCAGAAUAAGAAACUAAAGCUCUACACUGGCAACUACGACCAAUAUGUCCAGACCCGAUCAGAGCUGGAAGAAAACCAGAUGAAGCAGUACAAGUGGGAGCAGGAGCAGAUUGCUUCCAUGAAAGAGUAUAUUGCUCGUUUUGGUCAUGGUUCUGCUAAACUGGCCCGCCAAGCCCAGAGCAAGGAGAAAACCCUUGCUAAGAUGGAGCGGGGUGGUCUUACUGAAAAGGUAGUCAAGGACAAGGUAUUAGUCUUCCGCUUCACGGAUGUUGGCAAACUCCCUCCACCAGUAUUGCAGUUUGUGGAAGUAACCUUUGGGUAUACACCUGACAAUCUAAUCUACAAGAACCUCGACUUGGGAGUGGACCUUGAUUCGAGGAUAGCAUUAGUGGGACCUAAUGGAGCUGGGAAGAGCACAUUGCUCAAGCUGAUGACCGGUGACCUUAUCCCAUUGGAUGGUAUGGUAAGGCGGCACAAUCAUCUCAGGAUUGCCCAGUUCCAUCAGCAUCUUGCAGAGAAGCUUGAUUUGGAGAUGUCAGCCCUCCAGUUCAUGAUGAAGGAGUACCCAGGGAAUGAGGAGGAGAGGAUGAGGGCUGCGAUAGGUAAGUUUGGAUUGUCUGGCAAAGCCCAGGUGAUGCCCAUGAAGAACUUGUCAGAUGGACAGAGGAGCCGGGUGAUCUUUGCUUGGUUGGCCUGGAGGCAGCCUCACCUGCUGCUGCUAGACGAGCCGACAAACCAUCUAGACAUUGAAACCAUUGAUUCCUUGGCAGAAGCGCUGAAUGAGUGGGAUGGUGGAUUAGUUUUGGUGAGUCAUGACUUUAGGCUGAUCAAUCAGGUGGCUCAGGAGAUCUGGGUGUGCCAGGAUCAAACAGUGACUCGAUGGGAGGGUGACAUCAUGGACUUCAAAGAGCAUCUGAGGAGCAGGGCUGGGUUGUCUGAGUGAGUUGUGGAAGGAAGUGGACAUAUCUCAAAUUUGUUGGCUUAUAUUCUUGAUCAUUAUAGUUGUGGUAUCGGCAGUACUUGUUGCACUGAUGGCCUUUAUUCAUUCACAGGCAGUCUAUGUAAGCCUCGACAAAGUAUCUGCUUGUAUCCAGCACGAGUAAUUUGCCUUUACCUAACAGAGGAGAGUCUACCUCUCUGGCGUUAAUAUCUAUGUUUUACGGAGUUUCUUACAAAAUUCACCAAAAUAGAGUCAAAAUAAAAGCACUGUGGAAUCUGCAUGUUUGCAUA